CAUUAGAACUAAGUAUUUGGGUAACCUUAAAAUUUUAUUCAAUAACUAUUUUUCCUUUUCGAAUGAAAACGUGAUAAGGAAAAAAAAAAAUACAAUAAAAGAAAAAGAAAAGAUACUAGAGACUGCGGAAACGCGAAGCUGACGAACUUCAUUCAAUUCAUAGAAGCAAAGGGGAGCAGUUCAGGGAAACAAAUCCUCAAAUCAAAAUGGCUUCAAUCAACUUUGGCACCUUCUUCGGCGGCGACAACUGGUUUGGCAAACCCCUGAGCCCUCUCCCUCCUCUCAAUCUCCUCCUCUCUGUCCACCACCCAAGUCUCUCCCAUUCCCAAUCCCACAGCCCCCUGAACUUCGCCUCAAUCUCUGCUUCCAGCUUCUUCAAGAAGCCGAAGAAGAAGAAGCCCCACAAACCCGGCCGCCACAAGCGCAUGCUCGACUACUUCUGGUGGGAGUGCGAAAACCUGCCCAAUUACAGACACACUCCCGAGGUCGAGGGGAUCCUCAACGAAGACCCCGUGUUCGAGAAGAAGGAGAAUCCCACGCCGGAGGAGGUCGAAGAAAAUGUCAAGUGGUGGGAGGAGUUCAAGAGUAGCCCGGUGGUGGAGUUCUUGGCUCAGGCGGAGAGAAUCGCGGAUAAGAUUAACGAGAUGGAGCUGAAGGAGAAUGCGAAGCCGUAUCGAAGCGAGGACAAGAAGCUCUGGGAGGCGGUGCCACACGUUAUUGGCUUGGAUGGGCGGCCAAUGCCGCGGAAGGCUAUAAAGACCGACAAGGAGGCGGAUGAUAAGUUCUGGGAUUUUGCGAGGCAGUUUUUUUUGGGUCUUUGGGGGUUCCGGCAGCGGCCGUAUCCCCCUGGCAGGCCCAUUGAUGUUGCUCAGGCUAUUGGCUACAAGCGGCUUGAGAAGCGAUACUAUGAUUUUAUCAUGAGGAGUGGCGGUUGGUAUUAUAAAGAUCGCUUGGGUCGUACACGAGGACCAAUGGAGCUAAUACAACUUAAAACCGCUUGGGGUGGUGGCAUAAUUGAUAAGCAUACUUUCAUUUGGGGAGAGGACAUGGAUGAAUGGGCACCAAUUGGAAUGAUUUAUGGCAUGGAACGUGCGAUUGCCACUUGGGAAGUUAGGCUUGGCGCUGCGGCAACAGCUUUCAUUCACAAAUUAAUGAAAGGCAUACCACCAUGGGUUCCUCUCAAGGGGCAUGAAAAGAAAACAUAUAAACAGCUCCAAGAAGAAGCUAUAGAGAGCAAGAGACGGGAUUUAGCGGUAUUGGAAGCCAAUGAUGGUAUUUGGCCUGGAAUAAGAAUUCCUAGUCAUGCUCUAUUUCUUUGGGCUAGUGGCUCUGAGCUGACAUCAAUAUUGGAGGCUGAUCACAUGCCAAACAAAUAUAUUCCAAAAGAUCUUAGGGUUCAAUUGGCUAAAGCUAUUCCAGGUUUAAGACCGUGGGAGGUUCUGAGCAUUGAACAAGCAAUGGAUCAAAUAACAUACGAUGGAGAGUGGUACCGUGAACCUCUUGGUUCCUACACAACAGGUCCUCCUUACAUCAGACAUUGGAAUAAAGAUGUUAAGCGAUUGUACAGGAUUUUCUACAAUCUUAGUGCCCAGGUGUACAACAAACUAGAUCGAACAAUUCCAGGUUUUAGUACUGUAAUGGAUAAAGUUCAUGCUGAUUCCAGUGCAAGGGAUGCUCGACGGAUGGAAAAGAGAGCUGCACAGAAGAAGGCCGAGGAGGAGAUGGCCUUAUUUGGCCGCGUUCAAAAGGAUCCAUAGCAGUGCUAAAUCUAUUCUUUCAUUCAUAAAUAUAGUUCAGAAAGGGUAGUGAUGCCUUGAACCCUCCUUGGCAUAUGAUGAUGAUGAUGAUUAUAAUAAUAAUAAUUAUUAUUGUUUUUUUUUUUUUUUUUUUCGGUCUUUCGUUCGGCCUAGUUUGUAUGAGUCCAUGCUUGUGUCAUCUGGUUUUUCCUUUGGCCUGCUCGAUGCUGCAACAUCCCCUCUCCCGACCUUGUUUUAUGCCAUUGUACCUUAAGCUGUUUCCAUUUUUGCAAGAAACAUCUUCUUCUUGUCAUUUAUAUGAAGUUUUGGUCACCGAACAGAAGGAAAGAUGUUCUGUUUGUUAUUUAUUUAUAUUUUUAAACUC